AGGGCCAAAAAUGUGUCAAAAUCUUCUCACGUGUGUCUCUCUACUGCGAAUUUAGAUUGUUGUGUCAAUAACAAUAAUAGUGUGUCUCUGAGCUUUCCUGUUUAAAUUCUUAUGCCCAAACUUGCUAGCGCAAUAACAGUACUGUUAUCAGAAGUGUGUCAAGCACAUCGUGUGGUUGAGAAUAUCUCUCGGAUCGAGCAGAAUCUUUCGUUUUUAUGUUUUUCAGGAUCAGGAUUGUUUAUUAGAUGUGUCUUCCUUUUACGAUAAUGCAAUGAUAAAUUUAAACCGAAAUGAUAUCAAGAAUAUAAAAAAAGAAACACGUUGUAUACGUCCUCUUAUUGAUGCAGCAAUCUAUCGCACGAUUUAUAAAUGGAGAGACACGAGUGCGAAAAUGAAUUUGCCGAGAUACUCACGAUUAUCAAAUCGAAACCCAGCACUGCUCAGAAGUUACACAAAGCUAUGAUAAAGGAACUGUAUAACAGUAUGAAUAAUGAUUUGGAGGAUAUAUUGAAGGAAGGCAGUUUGCAAGAUGUUUUGAGUAAAAUAGCUAAACUGUCCGAGGAAAGUACGAUGUCUGUUAAUGAAGAUGCAUGGCGUCCACCAGGAAAUAUAAUCGCACACUUGACAUCGUUAGAUGCACAUAAAAUCAAGGAAGCAACUGAGGAAUUGGAGAAGCAAGUAAACGUAGUAGAAAGUGAAAACGAAAUUUUAAUGAAGAAAAUUACAGAAAACAGAUCGAGAAUACGUUCCACAAAUGAUAGCAUAAUGAAAGUUAUAAAUCAUACGCCAGUCAUAUUGCAAGAAUUAGAUGAAAUAUAUAAAGAGUUAGUGUCUUGUCAUAAAAUGAUCGAAGAUUAAUAUUUUCGAGAUAAAGAUUAGAAAUAUAUAUAUGUGUAAUAUUUAUCUAU